AUGUCCAAAGACGAAGAACCCUCCUACAUCGACUAUGAAGCCUUUCUCGACCCGUCCUUUUCGGCAACGUCAUUCGCCAACACGCUCGUCCUUGCGACAAACAACCCCUCAGACACCCCGCUAGACCUUUCAACACCUCUCUCCCGCGUCCUCUUCGAUGUCCAGGAAGUCGACACGCAUAUCGAUACUCUGACGACAAAGUCCGCGUUACCGUUGCUGCAACACACGAGGGAUCAUGCGGAGUCGAGUGGAAGAAUAUUGCAGGAGGUGGAGGGGCAGGUCGCGAGCUUGACCGAGUCGUUUCGGACAUUGGAACGCGAGGUCAUUGAGCGGUAUGAAGUCGCGGAGCAGGUCCGCUUGACCGCUGAGAGGUUAUGUGAGACUGUCAAGCUGGGUAGAGCUGUGGCAAGGUGUCUGAUGCUUGGACGACAGCUGGAGGUGCGCAUGUCUGAGCUGGGAGGAGUGGGUAGCGCAAAGAAAGAGGACCAUAGGGCCAUGGUGCGGUCGGCGGAUACAAUACUGUCAUUGCGGCAGAUAUUCAUGGCGUCAGGUGCAGGCGAGGAGGGGGAAGGGCUCGACAAGGUCAAUGUGGUGCAGACGCUCAAGAACGAGCUGGUCGUUCCUGGGGAGCGAAGCAUCGCGUCACGCGCACAGCAAGUCGUCAAGGAGUUCUCCAUGUCCUCGUUACUAUCCUCGUCAGGGCAGACGUCUGCAUCCACAUAUGCACAAACAGAGGACACCAAGUCGAGAACAACCUCGGCGCUGCUGACACUCUACCUCGUCUCCCCUACCUCUACAAAGACAACCCUCGAGUCCUUCCACCCGACGCUGAUGCUCAAUACCAUACAAGAGUACCUGCAAACGCAGUUGAAGUCCUCCCUAGCAUCCCUCACCCGCUCUCUCGGCCAACUCCCCACCUUGGACCGCACCCUUCUCGAGAUCUCCGCACGUUGCCAAAAUAUCACGUCCCUACAAUACCUCCUUGAAGCCACGAAAGCACCGUCACACCCCCUCUUCCCCACAACACCAACCUCAACAUCUAACUUCCUGCAACCGGUACUCCAUGUCCUCGACACGUCCUCGUUACCAAGCUAUUUCUGGCGCUCGCUCGCUAGUAAUCUGUCACCACGGGUUCAGGAGAUUAUGAACCGAGGCGGCGUGUCGGCGCGGACGCUGAGGAGUAACAAGGACAGGGUGAGGGAUGCAGUGCGGGAGUGUGUUAUGAGGGGCAGCCAGGUGGUGGGAGGGAAGGGGAGUGUGGGGAGUUGGGAGAGGGAGGCUGCCGUUAUGGUAGGGAGUGUUGUGGGGCAGAUAAAGUAA